UGGCUCGCCGCGCCGGGCUGCAGGUUUGAGAGCCGCUCUGGAUGGGCUCGCUAGAGUCGUUGUUGUGGAAGCCGAGCACUCACAGUGCAACAGUCAGCACAUUGAAAAUACCAAUAGGAAUACAAACCAAAGUCACAUUUACUGAUUUAAUUGUAUUGCACUCACUUGUAUCCAGGAAACAGCCUCCAACCAUGGACCUGCACGGCGGCCGCCGGCCCGGAGCGCGGCCGCCCGCCGAGAAGCCCGGGCCGCCGGCGUGCUGACCGGCCCCGCCGCUCGCGCCCCCGGAGCCCCCCGCCGCCGCCGCCCGCGCGCCGCCCGCGCGCCGCCCGCGCCCCGAGCCGCCCCCGGGCCCCGGCCGCGCUGCUUGCCGGAGGAGGCGGCGGCGGCGGGCCGGGGCCGGGGCCCGGCAUGGAUGGCCGAGACUUCGCGCCGCCGCCGCAUCUGCUGUCGGAGCGCGGAAGCCUGGGCCACCGCGGCGCCGCGCGCCUCGCCCCCGCCGGGCCCGCCGCGCAGCCGGCCGCGCCUUUCCAGCCGGGGAAGUACUUCCCGUCGCCGCUGCCGAUGGCUUCGCACGCAGCCAGCAGCCGUCUGAUGGGAAACCCUCCGGCCUCCUCCUUCAUGGGCAGCUUCCUCACUGGCAGCCUGGGCCCAGCAGCCUCUGCACACGCCAGUGGCCCCACGUCCUCUCCCUCUGAAACAGCCUACCGAGGAUCCCACCCCGCCACCUCCCAGAUCUGGUUCUCCCACUCCCAUGAAGCUCCUGCGUACCCCAGAUUUUCGGGGAGUCUGGCAUCUACCUUCCUACCCGUGAGCCACUUGGAUCACCAUGGAAACAGCAAUGUUCUCUAUGGGCAACAUCGUUUCUAUGGAACCCAAAAAGAUAACUUCUACCUGCGCAACCUGCCCCCACAGCCUGCCAUCCUCCCUGCCAACCACAACUUUCCUGGAGUGCCCAGAGCUGCCCCUGCCCAUCCCAUCGGCUCCUGUAGCCGGGACCGCGUAGAGGCCGCCCCCCUGCAGAAGGGUCCUAAGGAGUUUGACCGUUUCCUCAUGGGUAAAGAGCUGGGCAAAGAGAAAGCCGGCAAGGUAGCAGAAGGCAGGGAGCGGCCAGCCCCGGAGGAAGACAGCAGCAAAGACAGACAAAAGCUGGUGCCGCCCAUGCCCGCUGAUGGGCCCUGCAAGGAGGCGGGCCCGGCACCCCGGGGGUCCUGUGAGGGCCGCCCCAAACACCUCACCUCCUGCCUGCUCAACACCAAGGUCCUCAACGGGGACAUGGGCAAAGCCUCCCUGGCCAGCUGUGCAGGGAGCAUGCUGGGCCGGCCCAGCACAGGCGCAGCAGCGCCUGGACGCUGCGCCAAGGGCGUGGCAGGACCCGCGGAGCCUGGGCCAGCCCUCAGCGAGUGCCUGGAGCGCCGGCAGAUGCUGCACCACUCUGUGGCCCACACAGUGCCCUCUGGCCUGCCCACCGGGCCGCCCCCGCCCCUCAACACAGGCCCUGCAGCCUCCUUCCCCUGUCUGCAGCUGCAUGCAGGUCCAGAUGGGCUCUGUCCCCUGCAGGACAAAGUCUCCCGGGACCUAAAGGCCAGCGGGCCCACCUUUGUGCCUUCUGUGGGACAUCUGGCCGACAAGAGCCGCCCUUUCCAAGUAGCGGAGGCCUGUGCUGUGGCAGGUGAUGGCAAGGACCGGCAUCUGGACGGGGCCGUGGCCCCUGACCAUGGUGCACCCUAUGGAGUCUCCUAUGCCCACCUAAAGGCCGAGGGCAAGGGCGACCGGCGAUCUGGGGGCUUUGAGGCAGCCCUCCACCCCCGGCUGAAGGGUCUAGAGUAUCUUAGUGCAGGCCCCGACGCGCCCUUCCCUGGACUUCCUAAAGGCGGUCUGGACAGAAGCGGCUACUUCGAGUUGCCCACUCCUGCACAGGACUGUGCCGGGCCCAAUCACCAAGACCCACUUGGUGGGAAGGCCACCCAGGCCUGCUGCACUUUAGACAAAGCUGCCAGCAAAGAGGCCCCUGCUGGCCCUCCAGGGGCGCAGAAGGUGGCCCGGAUCCGCCAUCAGCAGCACUUGGUGGCGCCUGAGGUAGAGGCAGGAGGCGGUGGGGUUGAGACUAAACGCAAGUCUGUGGAACUGGCAUCUCUGGGUUAUAGCGUGCCCCAUAUGUCGCCAUGGGGUGUUCAGACAGGCCACGGCGCCUCCAUGGCCAUUGGCGAGGAACGGAAGGGCAGUGCCUACCUCGACCCCUUUGGAAGCGGCCUACAGCAGGCAGCCCUCCUCACGCAGGAGCUGUCCACUCCGCCAGACGAGGUCUCAGCCAUGAAGAACCUGCUCAAGUACAGCAACCAAGCCCUGGUUGUGGGCCAGAAGGCUCCAUUUGUGGGCCUGGGUGGCCUCAAAGCCAGCUGUGUCCAGCAGGAAGCCAAGUUCCCCUCUGCGAAGGGCCCAGGCCCAGUGGAGAGGCCCGACUGCGCCCGCAGCCGAGAGCACGAGGCCCCACACGGAGACGGAGAGGUGCGGCAGCCGCCUGUGGGCAUCGCAGUGGCCUUGGCCCGGCAGAAGGACACAGUGAGCCGAGCCGACGCGGCCUACAGUACCAACAGUGGGCGGCAGGGCAGGGCCGCUCCCGCCUUCAAAGCUGCGGGAGGACCUCGAGCCCCCCAUGCCCUGGACCUGGAGGGUGAGGAGGACAGGACACGGGUGUGUGACGAGCACCUGGGGCUGCCUGGACGGGAGCUGCUGAUACAAGACAACAAAGACCUCGUGGAGUUUGCCCGGAUCCACCCUUCCAGCAGCUGCCCCGGAGACCUGGCCCCCCACCUCAUGAUGCAAGGCAGCCAGCUGAGCGGGGACCCAGCCCCGCACCCCCACCCUGCGCACCCCCACUGGCUGCCCCGCACCCGAAGUCCCUCCUUGUGGAUGGGGGGACAUUCCUAUGGCCUCGGACACCCUGCCCUGCACCAGAACCUGCCCCCUGGCUUCCCAGCGUCUGUUCCCGGCUCCAUGCCCUCAGUGUUCCCCCUCCCCCAAGACGCACCUGCGCAGCUAGUCAUCUUGCCCUCAGAAACUGCACCCCACGCUAACCCUCACACCCUUGCUGAGGUUAUGGACCAGGCCUCACUGUGGCCCCCCAUGUAUGGGGCCCGGGGUCCUGCCUCCCACAUGCAGCAUCCUGGCCAGCUCCCUGUGUACUCGAGGUCCCAGCUGCUUCGGCAGCAAGAGCUGUACACACUGCAGCAGCAGCAGCAACAGCAGCAGCAGCAGCAGCAGCAGCAGCAGCAGCAGCAGCAGCAGCAGCAACGGACCACUCAGGCUCUGGAGCUACAGCGAGCUGCCCAGUUCCAGCAGCGCAAGCCUGAGGACCGCCACAUGGAGCUGGAGGAGCCUGCGCAGGAGAAGGCCCCAAAGCCCACCCACAAGCCAGUUGCCUUAACCCCCAUGGCCAAGGGCACCCCCUCAUCUGCCAGUGCAGGCCUGGUCAAGCUGUCACCCUGCUGCCGUUCACCCUCUCUGAAGACCCCUGCUGGCUGCCCCACACCGCCACCUCGUCCCAGUGCUCCCUGCACUUUAUCCAUCUGCCCUGCUGUCAGCCCAGGGCCUGGCUCCAAGGUGCCUAGCACCAAGGACAAGAGUGGGGAGGGCCAGCGGGCUGGAACCAACCUUACCACGCUGGAACCAGAACUGCCUCCAGGACUGAACCCCACGGCUGGCGUGGACUUCUCCCUCCCCUCAGACCUGCACUCCUCUGACCUCCCAGACCCCAAAACUAUGCAAACCACUACCCCAGGGACUCGGCCUGAGCCCGCAAGGACGUUCUUGCCUGGGGAGCCACCCCCCUGCAGCCCCAGAAGCCUGGAGGAGCCUGGGCUCUCUAGGGCCAGGGAGGCCGCCCCGGACCUCGCCAUCGUCCCCCACCCUGCUGAGCGGGGACUCCCACUAGGGAAGGCAGAGGACCCCGGCCCACUUGAGGGGUUACAAGCACUGAGAUUUGGAGGCCUCCUCGAGGGAGGGGACACUGAGGCUACUGGCCAGACUAAUUCUACUCAGGGAGGGAUGCAGAAUGAGAGGACCGUGGACCUGGGGACCCCACAGCCCCCUUUGGGGGCUGCCCCUCAAGCACUGGAACAGGGAGCAGGGAGCCCCGUUGCCCUGGACAAUGAUGAAGGUUCACAGAAGGCCCCUGAUGCGGCCCAGCUGGAGGAGGAAGCCCAGCUGGAGGAGAGUGGGGGGGACUCAGAGAUGGACUGGGGGACUCCCAACCCCAGCCACCCACCCAAAGCGCUACCAGGCUUGGAUGCCUUGGUGGCUGCCACUGUGGACCUAGGGGACCUGCCUGACAUCAGCCUGCCGGACUCUCAGACCCCAGCAGCCUCCGGGCCACUCAGCACGGCCCCUCUGCCCCGUAGCUCAGGGAUUCAUGGGAUUGCCCUGCUCAGCGAGCUGGCUGAUCUGGAGAUCCAGCGGCAGAAGAGCGAGCUGGCCACGCAAGCAGAGGAUGAGGAUGUGCUAGCCUUCAACCUACAGCACCUGGCCACACUGGCCACGGCCUGGUCCCUGGCGGAGGCUGCUAGCCUGGACAGCCCAGUCACUUCACUGCAGGCCCCAGCGGCUGACCCGGACAGAGGCCCCAGGCUCACCCCUAGAAUGCAGAUCCUGCAGCGCAAGGAUACCUGGGCCCCUAAAACCAAGCCUGUUUGUCCCCUGAAGGCUGCCAUCGAGCGGCUGGACACGCAGGAAGUGGAGAUGCGCAUGCAGCUGGCGGAGCUGCAGAGGCAAUACAAGGAGAAGCAGCGGGAGCUGGCGCGCCUGCAGCGCAGGCAUGACCAUGAGAGGGAGGAAAGCUCACGGAGUCCCGCACGGCGGGGGCCUGGCAGGCCUCGGAAGCGCAAACACUCCAGCUCACUGCCCCCGCUGCGUCCCGGCGGCCAGCUCGCCAGAAGUGAUGGCAAGAAAGCCAAGGCUGUUCGUGCCAGCCUGAGUCUGCUGUGUGCGGAGCUACGCGGCGAUGAGCCCACAAGGAAGCGAAGCAAACUGGAAAAGAGUGCCUACACAGGCCUACAGGCGGCCUCUGCGGGAAAGGUGCGGUGCAAGAACAGUGGCCAGGCCGAGCUGUCUUCCUCAGCUGCCCACAAGGUGGCCCAGUUGAAGCCAAAGGUCAAGAGCCAGGGGCUGCCCACCGGCCUCAGUGCCUUCCAGCACAAAGAGGCCGCCCCCGGUGGGCGCAUCCGCAAGAAGCUCUCCAGGGCCAAGAGUGGCAGAGUGGCGGGGGCAGCUCGGCAUCCACACCCCGAUGCGGACGGUGGCAGGGAGACGCCCAAGUUCCAAGCCCAGCCAGCAGUGGCUGUGGCCCAUGAGGCAGGCAACGGCUAUGACAGUGAGGACUGCCAGGCACUCCUGGGGACAGAGGUGGCUCCCAGGGAGCCUGGGCUGGUGUUGCACCCAGGGGCUGGUGUGGCAGUGUUGGGACCCUCCCCUUCCUCCGUGGUCAAGAUGGAAGCUAACCAGAAGGCCAAGAAGAAAAAGGAGAGGCAGGGCUUGCUAGGACCCUGCCGCCUGUCCAGCCCUGAGGGCGAGGUCAAGAUCAAGAGACGGACAGUAAAAAGCAAGGUGGGCCCCAAGCUGGAGCGGGCACCAGGGCGGCGGCCUCCAGGUGCUCCUGGCAAGAGGAAAGCCAAGGGCAAGGCGAAAAGUAGCCUUCGAGCAGAGCCUGGGACUGCCACCAGCAGAGAUGCCCUUUUCAGCCCCACCCGGACCUUUUCCUGCCGAGAGGAAGGCAGCAAACUUGCCAGUGAGCGCCUCAAGAGAGCCACACGCAAGAGCGCCAUGUUGCAGCCAGUCCUGAGGAGGAAGAAUGGGGCCUUGUCCAUCGCUCUGUCAGCCCGCAAUGCCAAGGCCAUCCUGGGAAAGAGCAGGAAGCUGACGAAGGUGAAGAGAGAGACGGUCAGCAAGCAGGGCCAGGGCCGAGCCGUGAGCCGGCUGCUGGAGAGCUUCGCUGUAGAGGAGGACUUUGAGUUUGACGACAGCAGCUUCUCGGACGAGGAAGAGGAAGAAGAGGAAGGCAGCGUCCAGCUGAGCGCAGAGCAGAGUGCCGCCCUGGCGCGUUCCUGCACCAUCCACAAGGAGGACCUUCAGGACGGACUGCCUGUGCUGAUCCCGAAGGAGGACAGUCUGCUGUACGCGGGCAGCGUCAGGACCCUGCAGCCCCCCGAUAUCUACAGCAUCGUCAUAGAGGGCGAGAGAGGCAACCGGCAGAGGAUCUACUCACUGGAGCAGCUGCUGCAGGAGGCGGUUCUUGAUGUCCGGCCACAGUCCAGCCGGUACCUCCCACCCGGUACUCGGGUCUGUGCCUACUGGAGUCCAAAGUCUCGGUGUCUGUAUCCAGGCAAUGUGGUUCGAGGUGCUUCUAGCGAUGAAGAAGAGGGCCUGGAUUCGGUGGUGGUUGAGUUUGACGAUGGAGACACGGGCCACAUAGCCGUCUCUAAUAUCAGGCUGCUGCCUCCGGACUUCAAGAUCCAGUGCACAGAGCCCUCUCCGGCCCUGCUGGUGUCCAGCAGCUGCCGGAGGACCAAAAAGGCAUCCAGUGAGACCCCCACGCCCAGCGAAGCCCCCACUCCCAGCCUGUCCCCGAAAGUGCAGGAUGGCCCUGAAACUUCCAAGACCCCUGGGAAGAAAUCCAUCGGCAAAGACAAAGCCGGCAAAGUUGACCUCCUGACCUCAGGUGCCAAGUCCCCCUCGGGGGCCUCUGACCACUUCCUAGGCCGCAGGGGCAGCCCCCUGCUGAGCUGGUCGGCAGUGGCUCAGACCAGGCGGAAAGCGGUGGCUGCGGCAGCGGCAGGCGGCAAAGCUCCAGGGGUGCUGCAGAACCUCUUCCAGCUCAACGGGGGCACCAAGAAGCUGCGGGCCCGGGAAACCCUGUUUCCCAUGCACGGCAUGGCCACCCCUGUGUUUGGUAACAGCUUCCGAGCGGACUCCUUCAGCAGCCUGGCCAGCUCCUACACGCCUUUCGUUGGAGGGGCUGGGGCAGGCCUGCCCGGCGGGGCCCACAAGCUGCUCCGGGCCGAGAAGGCCGGGCGGCGGCGGGCAGGCAGCGAGUUUCUGGUUAAGUUGGACCACGAGGGUGUGACCUCCCCCAAGAACAAAAACUGCAAGACUCUGCUUAUGAGCGACAAGGACUUCGGAGCCAAGCUGGGCCGGCCUCUGGCCAGCCCCAGUUACACACACCCGGCCCUCAUGGGCAAGGACAAGAAGGGGCGGGCGCCUGUGCACCCGCUACCCAUGGGACUGGCCCUGCGCAAGUACCCGCUGCCGUGUGACAGCGACUGCCCCAGCUCCUACUCCGAGGAGGACGAGGACGGCCCGGGGCUGGCCGCCGGCGUGCCCUCCCGCUUCCUCACCCGCCUCUCCAUGUCGUCGUCGUCCUCCGGCUCGUCCACGUCCUCCUCCUCAGGCUCCAUGUCCACCUCCAGCCUCUGCUCGUCGGACAAUGAGGACUCCUCCUACAGCUCCGACGACGAGGACCCCGCCCUGCUGCUGCAGACUUGCCUCUCGCGCCCCGUGCCGGCGCUCCUGGCUCCCCCCGAGGCCCUGCGCUCCAAGGGCGGCGCCCACGCCCACGCCCAGCGCUGCUUCCUGUCCAGGGCUGGGGUGGCCGGGGCAGGGGCAGGGGCUGGCCCCAGUGGUGGUAAAUCCAAGUUCAAGCGCAAGGAGGCCCUGAGCUUCUCCAAAGCCAAAGAGCUUUCUCGGAGGCAACGGCUGCCCUCCGUAGAAAACCGGCCAAAGAUCUCAGCCUUCCUGCCUGCCCGGCAGCUCUGGAAAUGGUCUGGAAACCCCACACAGAGACGAGGCAUGAAGGGGAAGGCCAGGAAGCUGUUCUACAAGGCCAUCGUCCGAGGCAAGGAGACGCUGCGUGUCGGGGACUGCGCCGUCUUCCUGUCGGCCGGACGCCCCAACCUGCCCUACAUUGGGCGCAUCGAGAGCUUGUGGGAGUCGUGGGGCAGCAACAUGGUGGUGAAGGUGAAAUGGUUCUACCACCCCGAGGAGACCAACCUGGGGAAGCGGCAGAGCGACGGGAAGAACGCACUGUACCAGUCCUGCCACGAGGACGAGAACGACGUGCAGACCAUUUCUCACAAGUGCCAGGUGGUGGGGCGGGAGCAGUACGAGCAGAUGAUGCGCGGCCGCAAGUACCAGGACCGGCAGGACCUCUAUUACCUGGCGGGCACCUACGAUCCCACCACUGGGCGCCUGGUGACGGCGGAAGGGGUGCCUAUCCUGUGUUGAGCUGCCUCCGCCUCUGCCCACGCCGUCCAUAGUUGCAGCCAAGAGGUUGUCUGGCCGGGAGCUGGUCUGAGCGAAUAUGCGGCCCCCGAGGCGGGGUCAGGCUUCUCUUGAAGUUCUCUGGACCCCAGGCCCAUCCCAGCCACUCCGGAGGGAGGGCCGGGCUGGUCCCACUGGACUGGCUGCUCUGCUGCUUCGCCGCGUUCUCGAGAGAUUAGAAUCCAAGCCAUAUUUCCCUAGUACCUCCGACUGUCUCCCGCCAGGGAAAGCAGAAAUCAGGUGUGUUGUCUAUUUAUUUCUCUAUGUAAAUAUUGUAUUUCUGUGGGGAAGUUUUAUGGGGGGAAAAAGUGGAAAAGGAUUUUUCCCACCUAUGUGACAAGGGUGUGUGUGUGUGUGUGUGUGUGUGUGUGUGUGUGUGUAUGUGUAUGUGUGUGUGUGUGUGUGCGUGUGCGUGCGUGUAGGGGUUUUGUCCUGGGGUUUUCUUUGGAAAUGCACUGUUCUCAGCCUAGUUGAAUUCCAACAGGGGCACCUGUGACUGCAGAGGCUGCUGGAAUGGGGGCGAGGCCAAAGGCCAUGGGAUGGUCACAUGAGGCCCAGUCAUAUCCUCAGUCCCUUGGGGGCCAACUGUGUGAAGGAAAUUACAUCCGGUUUAUUUCCUUCCAGUUCAUCCCAUACAUAAAAGCCCUGGGGUGGGGUCAGUGAUGGUGUCCCCUGGAAGGACAGGGGUCCCAGCCGCAAGAGGCCUGCAAGCCAGGACCGGCCUGCCCCACCCCCAGCCCGGGAUACGGCAGCAGCCAUAUGUAUCUUACCUCUGUUUAAAACAAAACAAACGAACAAAUAUUUUGAAGUAUCAAUGAGAAAAAUGGAUGUUUAGAUUUUCUUUCCUGAAUAUUCCAAGCUAUUUCUGGUUUCCGUUUCCGUGGCCAGUUUGUUGCAGGGAGAGAAGCCUGACCGCACUCAAGCAGGGUGUAGUCGGCCCCCGUCCCUUGUGUCCCCACCGGUCCCUUAUCCUCCAGGGUGACAACUGCCCCUCAAGAGCAGCAGGGCUUCCCCAAUGGUGCAGCUGGCCAGGUCUCUAUCUGGGCCAGCAUUUGGGGCCCGCCUGGGGCUGGUCCACAGUCCUGCAUGCGCAUCUCCUCACCACAAGCCGCCCCUCUCCCCACCAGACGCUUUCCCUGGGACCGCACCUCCUCUGCUGACCUCAAGUGUGGAUGGUGGUAAGGCGGAGCCAGAGGCGCUAGAAUCAGAACAGUAGGAGGCAGGUGCUGCUCACCCGAGGGGAGAGGCCCCUUCGGCUCCGCUUCUUUCAAUCUAGACCCUGGUCCUGGGGCUCCUCUGCCCACCCCACCCCCAAACAGUUUCUGGACCUUUUUUAUAGCAGAUGGCAUGGCAGGCUCAUGCAUGGAGUAUACAGCAAGGGUCCCUUCUGGCCUCUUGUACCCACAUCCUGGCCCCAUGUGCCAGGAGAGCUCAGCAGCCCUCACUUUUCCCGUGUUACAGAGAGCAGGCCAGUCCCAUGGACCAAAGGCCUUUGUCCUCAGAAAUACCUUGUGGUACACAUGCUCCCCAGUGCCUCACCAGGCCACAGCUUUCCAGGAAGUAAGGAGUAUUGAUGGGCAUCCAACCCUAACUGGGACCCCUCAGCGUCUCUUCUUUUGCUCAGGCCCGCCAGGAGUCUGUCCUGGUCCCAGGGACUCUCAGUAGUUGCUCAAAGGGCCACUCUUUGGCCUACAGGAUAACCAAGGGUACCCAUUCCUGGCUGUCUCACCACCCUGAGGCUUUCUGUUCUUCACAUGAGUGCAAUAUUUCAUUCCUGGUGGUCGCUGGAGGAGACGGCCACCAAGGUCCUGCUCACAGCUAGGGAAGCAGGAGGACGCUGGGUGAAGGGCCAGGGCUGGCGCUAGGAAGGCUGCUGGGAAGCUGGUGCCCAGAAGUAAGGCUGCUCUGUGGGCUGCCUUCUGGAUGUUUCUCUCUCCCUCUGCUGAGCUGUCCUAUUUACCUGUCUUCAUCUUUAUCCCCCCGUUUUCCUUCUUUCUGUGUGUGCACGCAAAUGGCGUGACCCCCUCCUCCCCGCUGCGGCUAACCGUGGUAAAAGCACGAUUCUUGUAAAUGUGUAACUAAGAGGCUGGUUGAAUUUUUUUUUUCAAUGUAAACACUAAAUACAAAACAAACAAAAAAAAAAACACGAAGGUUUUAUGAACAGCAAACUCUAUGUAAAGGCAUUUUAGUAUUAAAUUUUUUAUUGAUAACUUGCUUAAGAAUAAAUAUAUGAACUAUUGUA